GCGCUACUACGCAACCACAUCCGGGACAUUGUGCCGUUUCACAUGCCAGUUGGUUCAGCUGUCAAGACUUCCAUGCAUGUGUAGAAGAGUUCGUCAGCAGCUUUUCUGAUUUUAUCUUUAUUUCGCGGGAAAACAUGGCGCUGAUGGGGAUCCAGUUGGUGGUCAGCCUGCUGGCCGCCAGCAUCAUGCAGAGGAUGGCCCCACAUUGCUCCUUUGCACGCUGGCUCCUCUGCAGUGGCAGUCUGUUCCGGUUCAAACACCCGUCGGAGGGAGAGCUGUGUGCACUGGCAGGGAAGCAGGUGCCCAAGCAGACCAGGAGAGACAGGAGACAGAACGGGGAGAGCAAGCCUCUCACGGUGCCCAAAGACAUUGACCUUCACCUGGAGAAAGCUCCAGUCAACGCCCUCGACGCGCUCGUGCUGCGGUUCUUCCUGGAGUACCAGUGGCUGAUCGACUUCGCCGUCUAUGCCACGGGGGUCUUCCUGUUCACCGAGUGUUAUUGCAAUUUUGUGGACGCCAGCAAAGAGGUGAACCUGGGAGCCAUCUGGUGUGUCUUGACCGUUCUCUUCAGCAUAAAGACCCUCCACACUCUCAUGAGGCACUACUUCCUCUCCGAGGAGGGCGGCGAGCGCUCCGUGUGCCUCGCCUUCGGCUUCCUGUCUCUGCUCGUGGCCAUGCUGGUUCUCGUGGUCCGAGAGGACUACCUGGAGUUUGGCCUGGAGUCGGGCUUUUCCAGCCUCUUCGACAACCUGGAAGUCUUCGCCAAACAGCAGGGCUACGCUGACUGGUCGAUCCCGGUGACCAAGCUGACGGUGAAGCUGGGCCUCGCCGCCCUCUGCGCUUACAUCGGGGCUCUGCUGGCCUUCCCCGGCCUGCGGCUGGCUCAGACGCACCUCGAUGCCGUGCAGAUGAACGCCGGCCGACCCCUCAUCCAGAUUCUGCUGCACGUGAGUUUCCUGUCUCCAGUCAUCGUGUUGGUUCUGUGGGUGAAACCCCUGGCGAGGGACUUCCUGGCCAAUGCGCCCAUGGGCAAGAGCUCAAUAACCAUAGUGUCCAGCGACGCAUUCGACAGCCUGCGCCUGUGCCUCAUCGUGGCGUCGUGUGUUCUGCGUCUGUCCAUGACCCGCUACCACCUGCAGGCCUACCUCAACCUGGCCCAGAAGUGGGUGGAGCAGAUGAAGAAGGAGGCGGGACGCAUCGCUGCCAUUGACAUUCAGAGAAAGGUCACUCGGAUCUUUUGCUACCUCACCGUGAUCACGCUUCAGUAUCUGGUUCCGGUUUUUCUCAUCCUCUUCUCCACACUGGCCCUCAAGGCACUAGGGGACUUCUCCUGGCGGGCGGGCGCGGCGCAGACCCCCGGGGUGACCCCGGCGCUGCUGCUGCCGCCGCCCACCGCGGCGCCCGUGCUGCCCGGAGGCCUGGACGAGGACGAGGACGGGAUGGAGGACGCGGAGGAGGACAUCCAGGCCACGGUGGCGCGCCUGUCGGAGGCCUUCACGGCGCUGCGCUCCGUCCUCACGCCGCUCUUCUUCCGCGGCCUCCUGGCCUUCCUGACGUGGUGGGUGGCGGCCUGCCAGGUCAUCAGCUCCCUGUUCGGCAUCUACUUCCACCAGUACCUCAUGCAGAACUAAGCGGGUGCCGUUUGAAGCCGCCACGGGGGACGUUUACUCGAGACACGCAGCUACCGAGGGAACAACGGGGGUUCGGUCAGGUCGUCUUUUGUUGUUUUUGAGAGCGAGGAGACGGGCGACGGACACGCUGUUGUUGCAGUACUGACUACCUUGUCGCCCUCUGGGCUUUUUGUUAAAAAAAUUUUUUACCAGCAGGCUUCUGGUACCAGUUACACAAAUCCACAGAGCGAACUGGGGCCUGAAUCACAAAGCAAGAUCAGCUUCACGAGGAUAACGUUGGUUCUCUUUGAUCAUAUUUAAAAGCUGGUUAUUCUGGCUCAGUUUUAUAAUUAGUUUAACUAAGGAUUACUUAAUAUUCCCUGCAAUAUUCACCAAAAGUGCAAGAAGCUUUAGAUGGGUGGAUUGAUUUAUAUACCUUUGUGCAUAAGUGACUUUGGAGAUGGUCACCAGUCUAUUAAAGGGACAUUUUGUUAUUAUUAUUAAAAACAGGCUGUUGGAAGGUUUUGAUCUGAUCCCCUUGAGGUAAUCCUGAUCCACCUUUAGGUUAAAGACCCCAAAAUAUCCAGCUAUCCCACUGGCGCCCCUUUAUGAUAGAGGCCCCCCCCCCCCCCACACACACACGUCCUCCAGCUAUUUCAACGUAUCUUUGCCAAUGUUACCUGAACAGUUCUUAAUAGAACAUUGAUAAAUGCUGCAUUUAAGAAGUUUUAGUUAGCAGUAGAUGUAUAGUCUUUUGGGGGGCGGAGGGAGGACUCUUCGCCCCCCCCCCCCCCCCUCAAGGAAACCUGAGUGGUUCCUGUGUCUUCCUGCUGUAACGGUUGGAUGGCUGACGUCCGUCCCGUUGAGUGGAGCGCCAGUAUUCCCAAGUGCCUUGGAGCUGUGGAGCUGUGGGACGUCACCGUCGCGUUUCUCCCCCCAAUCAUCCGCUUUCAGAACCAAGCGGCUGGUCGAUGAAAGUGGCGUUUUGUCUUUGGAACACUACUCACUGGCAGCACUUUGUUGCAGUGUCUUAAUUAGCUUCAGGCUUUUUCACGUUUUGUUUUUUUUUGCUGUUUUUAUUGCCAAUUAGUCGAGUACAUGUGAGUUGAAUCAGUUUUCAGUGGAUUUUAUUUAUUUAUUUAUGAAACGUUGCCUCAAAUAUCUUCUAACCCGGUCUAAACAUUUUUGUGUUGCUGUUUUUGAUUUAUUUUUUCUUCUUUUUUUAGAUAGUGUUUUUGAAUGGAAUGCUCUGAAAUCAUUAAACUGUGAACGUCGUAUGCAAAUGUUGACUUCCUGAAUGCAUGGUGUGCAAACCUUUAUUAUCUUGGUGUGGCUCAAUAAAGCGCUUCUUGUCUUCAGCCUCA